CUAGGAGACGGUGGACGCUCAAAGUGAACAGAAGUUUCCGGAAUUUACUGAAUAAAGUGCAUUGUGGAUAGGUAAUGGCAAAGUCACCGACUGAAACGAAAAUAUCUAUGCCUUCAUCUGGACGCUGGGACUGGAAUGAUGAAACACAAAGCCUAGAGUUCAUAAGUUACGCAACAUCUGUAGAGGUGAACGAGAAGACAAAGAAGAAAAAUACACCCACAUACCAAGAGCAUUUAAGAAAGCAUCUGGAGAAGUGGCAAAAGAAUACUGUGGGACCUGCUCAAUUGGAUGCCUUCAAGGCUUCGAUUAAAUGCUCACAAAAGGAAUGUGUAACAAUUCAAGAUGUUAUAUUGGCAGCAGUCUCUUUGCUACAGGAGAAUGAGGCUUUGCCUAUUCCUCUGCAUUUUCUGUCUCUACUAAAGAGCCAAGAGCUGGAAAAGUUUCUAGCCAGCCUCCUGCUCUACUUUUCUUGUUACUUUGAAAGGAAAGCUCUUGAGGAAAGACCAAAGUCCUUAAUGGCAGAGGAGAGUGUCACUGAAAGGCAGAUUAAUGUAGAAACAUGUGCUAAGGUGGAGCUGGCACAGAAACAACUUGCCUUUUGUUACUUCGGGAUGCUACAGGGGAAGGGUCUGUCUCAGGGGCACCAUAUGGCUCGUAACAGGAGCAGGGGGUUGUCCACUUACAGUGAAAUUCAACUAAAUGAGUGUCUCUACAGCUUUUGCACCUAUGCAGUGUGGGUGACCUUUGAGAGGCGGGACCUGAAGGGGAUUCAGGUUGAGAUUGGCCGCUUGUUCCGCUCAGAUACUUUUAACGUCGCCCGAAGGACUCAGGUGGAGGAAUCUGAGGAGGAACAGGAAGAUCAGGACCACAGAAAACCAGCACUGAAUGACAGGAAGUCUAAACGGCGCCCGGGCCUGAACAGUAUCAUAACCCAUCGUUCUCCUUUAAUUGUGUCUCUGCUGCCCACCCCAAGAGAAAAUGCCCCUCACCUGUUUGGUAGCUUCAGACAUCUUCAGCAGCGUUCAACUGAACAUAGUGAUUCAAAGGCUUUGAUGGAGGAACUGAACCAACAUCUAGCCACCCUAUGUUUUGGAAUUCUUGGUAAGCCUUUGAGCCAAUUCAGCUCUAUGACACUGAAUCCUCAGGGUGGUCAAAGUGAAGCAGAGAAGGACGAUGAUGAACAAGACGGCAAAAACAGCACCAUAGUGAAUGAUGACCCUCAUGUGCACAUAAGGAGUAGCAAAACAGACCAACGAUCGAUGACCACAACUACAGACAAACGUAGUAAUUUAAGCCGUGUUGACUUAGUCUCCAGAGCUACCACUGAGGGAGUGUACUCAGACACAGAAUGAAUGCAUCAACAUGGUUUCAUCAGUUGUCAUUUCAUUAAAACUACCUUUUGUUUGUUUGUG